GCCGCCGGACGGAAAUUGAAGACGAACACGCUGGAGACGCAGGAGCUUGAAUGGCCGCUGAUUCUCGGCUGCUGCAUUUCAUGAUCUUCUCCGGACUUUCCAGCUGUGAUUUCUCUUCGUGGAGGUUCUCUGACGAUGGGUCGCAGCAGGUCACAUGACGGAGCAGACAGAGAGAAGAAGAAGAAGAAGAAGAAACGGACACGGUCCUCCUCCUCUUCCUCGUCGUCUCCGUCCUCUUCCUCAUCCAGCAGCAGGAGCCGCGGCAGGUCGUCAAAGAAAGAGACGCACAAGAGCAAAGAUGUGAAAACUGAAAGAAAGAAGCGUAGAAGAACCUCCUCCUCCUCUUCGUCCUCCUCAUCCUCCUCGUCAUCUUCGUCCUCGUCGAGUGACGAGAAGACAAAGAGGAAGAAAAGUAAAUCCAAGAAAAAGAAGCUGAAGAAGAAAAAGGCGAAGCUGAAGAAACUGAAGAAGAAGGAGAAGAAGGAGAAGAAGGAGAAGCUGAAGAAGGAAAAGGAGAAGGAGAAGGAGAAGGAAAAGAAGAUCGAGGGACUGCUGUCCAUCAUUCCGGAAGAGAAACCUCCGGCUUACCUGGAGGUGUGGCAGAGUGAUGAGGGGACGGUGGAGCCUGGACCUGUCAUGACCGAUGAGCAGAAGGCCCGGCUCUCCACCAAGAGACCCCUCACCAAGGAGGAGUAUGAGGCCAGGCAGAGUGUGAUCCGCAGGAUUGUGGACCCUGAAACAGGACGGACCAGAUUGGUGAGAGGAGAGGGAGAGAUCAUAGAGGAGAUCGUCAGCCGAGAAAAACACAAAGACAUCAACAAGCAAGCCACCAAGGGAGACGGGAAUGCCUUCCAGAGGAAACUGGGGACCAACAGGUAGAAGAUGCAGUGGAGUCCUUCACCAACAAGAGGUUUCCCUGACAGUUCGACGGAGGAUGACCACUUUUUUUAGAUUAUUGACAUUUUUAUAUUUAGUAUGUGUUUUAUAAAAAACAUUUGCCUGGGAUGGAAGUGUUAACGUUAAACAAAUGUCAAACACGUGCUCUUGAUUUUCACUGAGUUUAAAUCCAAGUCAAAGUCUUCAUUGACUACUGAUUGGCCUUUUUAAAUGUAAGCUGAUCACAAAAGUGAUUUAAAGAAAAACAGAUUAUGUUGAAUUUAAAUCUGGUUGAGUCCACUAACUAUAUAAGGAGCAGGAAGUCAACAGUCCUAGAGCCCGACCAACAUCCUCCAACAUGCCUGGAUAUGAAAACUUUGAUUUUACUGAAUAAACAAUGCAGGAAAGAUUUUGUCUUUACAAUUACUGUAAAAAAGUUUUUCUUAAUUCAAGUUCUAUACAUUUAGUUGUUCUGUUUUCUUCAUUAAUAGCUAUUGAUAAUAAGGUUUAAGAUUAAACUGUAAAAUAUCAAGCCUCAUUUACAUACAUCUUAGGAAUCAUUGCAUUUAAAAAAAAUGUACAUAUCUGCUGACAUAUCUGAAAUUUUUUACUGCUGAAUAUCAGAAUCGGGCCCCAAAAAUCAUUAUCAGUCUAACACUGUUGCCUCACAGCUAGAAGGUUCUUGGUUCAAUUCCCGGAGUCUUUUUGUCUGGUUUUCUCCCACAGUCUAAAGACGUGCAGAAUGGGGUUAGGUUUACUGUCAGUGAUAGUGAAUGGUUGUUUGUUUCUGUCAGCUCUGUGAUGCGCUGGUGACAUGUCCACUGUGUACUCUGCCUCUCGUCCUGUCUGCUGGGACUGGCCCCAGCCUUCAAAUGAUUUCUGUAUCAUAUCCUAUUUCAAAUCAGCUUCACAUAAUUUCUUCCUAAUGUCAGACACAGUGAGAUGAUUCUUUAAAUGUUCUGUAUUCUACACGACACAAAAAAACUGUUUUGCCUUUUUGUAUUUCAGCUACAUAUCUUAAACCCACUCUGAGUCUUCGCACCUUUUAUAUCUCACAUUGUGUGUCUCUGAAUAAAUCUUUAUUUAUGUUGGCUGAUCCCAGAAAAAUUAAAAGUUCGAUUAGUGAAAUGAAUUCUGUUGAAAUCAA